ACCGAAAGGUUACAAAAUAUUUGAUUCUACUUCCUCUUUAGAAAAACACUUCAUUGACAAUUCUACUUCCUGAAUCAAUUUAGUCUAGUCGAGAUCUAGACUCUAGAUCUAGUUAAUCUACUCUACAGUGGCAGUUUAUUAUCGACUCUAUUAAAACGUUUAUUUAAAACAACACAUUUAUUAUGAAGUUAGUUAUGUAAUUCUUGUUAGACUUGGAACUUGGUUACCCUGGCCCUGGCCUGAUCUAGACUACUUCAGAGUCUCUGACUGAAAAAAUAAAAAGUAAAUGCAACAGAGUGAAAAUAUACGAUUUGCCAGAAACGAUCGUCAACUUAAUAUAAUGCCAAUGGGUGAUAUAAAUCAUACCGUUACAUGGAAUCAAGGAGAUGAAGUCGUUGGGCUGUUUGAUUUUCCUGGUCGUUCCAAAGAUGACUUGCCAUUUCAAAAAGGAGAUUUACUUGUUAUUGUCAAAUCAACAACAGAUCCUAAUUGGUACAAAGCGAAAAACUCCAUUGGUGCAGAAGGAAUGAUACCUGCCAACUAUGUCAAACUUAGAAAAGUUGUAUCUUUACAUGCAAUGCCCUGGUUCCAUGGACAUAUUACCAGAGAAGAAACUGAAGCUCUAUUAGCCAAUCAGGAAGAUGGGGUUUUCCUCAUUCGUGACAGUAUCCAUUAUGUAGGUGAUCGCACUCUGUCAGUCAGUUGUGAUAGCAGAAUAGAUCACUACCGUAUUCUGACAGGGCCUGAUGGGAUGGUAUUUGUGGAUGGGGGGGAUUGUGCUUUUGAUUCUCUCUUGGAACUGGUUGAGCAUUACAAGGCAGAUGCUGAUGGUCUAUGUACAAGAUUAAUUCGGCCUGUUACUAAACAAGGCAAUAAUUUUGUAACAGUUAGUAUGCAAGACUUUCAGAAAGGUGGAUGGGUCAUCAAUAGAAGUGACUUGGAGCUUGGAGAACUUAUUGGAAAGGGCGAUUUCGGAGAUGUUUAUAAAGGAUUUUACAAAGGCCAAGCUAUAGCUGCAAAGGUGCUCAAAGACCAAGAUCGAGGAAAUGAACAAUUUAUGAAAGAAGCUGCUUUAAUGACGUCAUUACGACAUCCAAACCUAGUCAGACUUAUUGGCAUUGUUUUGUCAGACACAGCAAUAUUAGUCACUGAGUUUGUAGGCAGGGGAAAUUUAGUGGAAUAUCUUAGAACCAGAGGCAGAAAUAUCAUUACUAAAAAAGAUCAAAUAAAUUUUGCUACAGACACCUGUGCUGCUAUGGAUUAUUUGGAGAGUAAAUCACUUGUACAUAGAGACUUAGCUGCUAGGAAUGUUUUGGUCCACGAUGAUGGCACUGCAAAGGUGUCAGAUUUUGGUCUUGCUAACAUUGGUGGUUUUAAUCAAACAUCAAGUCAGAAAUUUCCCAUCAAAUGGACUGCACCAGAAUCUCUAAGAAAUAAUAUUUUUACCAACAAGUCAGACAUGUGGAGUUUUGGUAUACUUCUGUGGGAGAUUUAUUCCUUUGGUCGUGUACCAUAUCCCAGAGUACCUUUGUCUGAUGUUGUCAUGCACGUGGAAAAAGGAUACAGAAUGGAGGCACCAGAAGGCUGUCCUGUGGAGAUAUUUGCCAUCAUGAAGCAAGCAUGGGAAAUGAACCCUGAAAAUCGUCCCAGAUUCAGUGAAGUCCUUUCAAAACUGAACCAUCUCCGCUCUGUGACUGUAUAAAAUAAACAUCAGCGGAUUUUGUUGUUGAGUGAAGAUUGUAAUAUAGCUACAGUAAAAGCUACAUGUGACCUAUUGUCAAUUAUUUAUUAUAGAGUAAUGGUUUUGGCUCAUCUUUACCUCCAGGCUUUGUACUAAACUUUUUGUUAAUUUAAAUACAAGUCCUUGAAAUUUAAAUUGUUUUAAAAUUAUUAUUUUUACACUCUUUGCAGAAAGUAAAUUUACAAGUCUGUAAAAUAAAUCGAGCUGAAUAUUUACUGUUUAAAAAUAAAAUUUAAAUAACAGUAUACUUUUUAAAAAUUUAUUAGGAAAUAGAUUGUAUCCUAAUAAAUAUUUCAAUCUAUUUUUUUAUAGAAGGAAGUAAAUUAAAAUAUAUUUUCUUUUCAUGUAAUAAUGAGAACUAGACAUUUAGUUAAAUUGUCACUUUUUCUCUGGAUCAUUUUUUUUGUGUGUGAUUUUAUGAAGUUUUUCUACCUUCGUAUCAAAAAAAAAAAAGAUUUGUUGUGGGUGUUGGUAUUCAUUUAUCUUUGUUUUUCUCCCAAAUAACUUUUUAGAGGGAAUUAAAAAAAAAAAAGAUCACAUGAGCCAGUAAAAUCAAUUUGUGUUGGAGAGCUAAUGUAGGUUAGUGAUGACGUCUCAAGAUCUUGUGUCCUUGUUGCACAUGAAACUAACAUCUCUUCUUAUGUGAUGUGCCUUAAAUGACUCUCGCAUUUACCAACUACUAUUUUAAAUUUUUUUUUUCUUUUUUUACAAAUGAGUUUUGUAUGAAUGAGUGAUUUUUUUUUAUCACUGUUGAUGAUUUUAACAUAUUAUAAUUUUCAUAUCAGAAAUUCUUAGGUCAAAUUGAACGGAAAAUGAAAUAAGGACCAUGACAAAAACUUGUUUAUGUAAGAAAAUUUAUAUACAAAAAAAUCUCGUCAAAUGUUGAGUUCAUUGAACUUACUAGCAUUGUUUAGUAUAACAUCCUAAAAUCUAGCUCUAUCUAGUGCUGACCUUGGUUUCCUAUCUGGACUUUCUAGCUCAGUGCUUACUUUUGUUUCAAAUUUCUAGCUAUGUACAUUUUAUUUUUAGCACUAUUGAUCAGAUGUCAUUUAGUUCAUUUAUUGUGUUUAUGUUAAUCUCUUGCCAGACCAUGAGACUUAUUUCUUAUUUAAUGUAAUCAUGCUGUUAAAUUGAUCACACAUUAGUUUGGGGGAUUGAGGACAUAAUGCACAACAUAUGUAGCUUAAACUCUGCCAAUAUAAUUACCUCAGCAAAAUAAAAAAAAACUUAGUACUGGGUCAUUCUUGUGAUUGAUAAAUCAAUUAAAAAAAUCUCCCAAUGUGUGUAUAGUUUGGUUGCUUAGAGCUGUUGUUCCAGAAAAUAGGAAUUGAUGUGUUAAUGUUUUUAUUACUCAUUAAAAUGUUUCCCAAAGUAAGAUCUUGACUGACACCAGUGUGAAUGAUGGUCAUCAUUAAGGUGAAGAUGGCAUAUUGAACACAAAUUUUGUGUUUUAACACAGUCACUUAGUUUGAUUGCCAUAAUGCUGAUCAUUUUCAAAAGUAUAAAGAUCUGUUUCACUGGCUGCCUGGUCAUGCAGUAAGCAUCCUGGAACUGGCUGCCUGGUCAUGCAGUAAGCAUGCUGGAACUGGCUGUCUGGUCAUGCAGUAAGCAUGCUGGAUUGUUGUUUGAUUAUCUCGAUGAUCCUGGAUUCAUACCCUGCCAUCCCCCAUCAUUCUGAGGGAGAUUUGGACUAUCUUCAACUCUGAACGAACAUUUGAAACAUGUAAAACAAACAAAUACUAAAAGGGCAUUGGAAAACCUUAUUUGGUUGUUUUCAAGAAGAAAGAAUUUGGGCCUGUAAUGAAGCUUAUAUAGCACCACUCUUGACAUACGCUUUUAUACCAAUGUAACUGUUUCCCUUGCUCUGAUGUGUUACACAAUCACCAAGAUAUGUCGAUCAUGGGCAGAGGUUUUGGUCGUGAUAUAUGGGACCUAGCCACUGUGUUAUAGGAAAUCUAAGUUUAUGGAAACGUUUUUUCUUGUUUAUGUAACAGUAUUGUUUUGCAUUACCAAUAAGUAUUGCUUAUUCUCAAUAUGUCAUUUGAAUGUACAUCCAAUAGAUAGUUGGAUUUAAAUAUCUAUUUAGAUGUUAUUGAUGCCUUUAUGCAUAUACAUUGAUCAAAAUUAAUGUAAUGGAUUGCUAGUUGAUUAGGAAUCUAUUGGAUUAAUUUAAUUUUAACUUAAUUUAAGAGAAAUUAUAUGAAUUAAUUUUUACUUGACCUUUACAAAUGUUUUUCUGCAUCCAUGCAUGUUUAUAGAGAUCAUAUCUUGUAGUGUCAUGCAGGUCUAAGGCAUUUUGUAAAUGGAAGUAAAUAAAUAGAGGUCUGCAUAUCAUAUUUCAGUAAGAUUCAUUUAACUAUGUAAUCCAUGUGUCCUAGAAUCAACAUGGAAUAUUGAAUGUGAUUGCCUUGUAGUAUGCUACCCAGGGUCUUGCAUGUUAAACUGAAGGAUUUGAUAGAGAUUGUGUUGUAUGUUGCUACAUGUGUUAUGUAUGUUUACCUUAAAUAAUGCUAAAUUUUUAUUCAGUUCAGGUUGCAUUAAAUGCACAAAAAGUUUGUCCCAUCCUGUGUGGCAGCUAAUGGCCAUAGUUUUUGUCCAAUUCUGAGCAACAGAAGAUGACUUGCUAUGAGAUCACAGUAUUUGGGGAAUAGGUGUUUCAUCUUCUGCCCACCGGUUCUUAUUUGUUAAAUAUUUUUGUCUGCACUGCAUUCACCCAAGGUCUUCUUUGUCUCAUUUAUACAAAUCCAUUGCAGAAAAAUGUAGAACUCUCUCCACACACUUAAAAAAAUAAAUGCUAAGAUUUGUCUUUCAUAUUGUUGUUACCUGAUAGGAGUGAAUUACUUGUGUGAUACAUGAGGAGUAGACUAUUUUGUUGGCAUGGAUGUUUAUUUUUACAUGAAAUGAAUCAGUGGAUCAUUUUCUUGGUGAUGUUUUUUGUUUGCCGAGUCCCUAGUAGGUUUCUACUACUUAUUAGGAAAAUUUAAAUGUGAACUUAUGUCACACUUUUGUUGAUGUUAGCACUUUUUGUUGAUUACAAGAACCAAUGGAAUGGCUUGUUGUGAUUGUGGAAUUGUUUGAUAUACUAAACUACUAAACUAGGAAUUCAGUAGGUGAUUGGAUUCUUUUUCCGUUGUACAUUAUUUUCAUGUCAGUGCCAUGAGCACUAUUUUUCAUUGUCAUUUUUGAGCUAUAAAAUAUGCAUUCUAUAAUUAAUGUCAACUUUUUAAUGUAAAAAUAAAAUUAUAAAAACUUUG